AAAUUCCAUGAGCUUCUAAGUAAUUCCUUGAAGAUUAUUUCAUAGACAACCGAUUCCAAGAAAGAAGAAUUCAGAAAGUAUUUAGAAAAGGCUGGCGUUAUAGAUCAAUUGACUAGAGUUCUGGUGGGAUUAUAUGAAGAACCAGAAAAGCCAAACAAUGCCAUUGAGUAUUCAUUCAAUUGAUUCCCUAGUUAUGUUAAAAAGUACUUAGGAUCACCUGUCGACAUUGAUGUUGACAAACUCAAAUUAGAAUAUGAAAAACUUAAAGAUGAGAACAUUAGAUUGAAGAGGGAAAUUGCUGAUUUGAAAAAAGAAGUAAAGUAUUCUCCCUAUCUAAGUUAUAAGCAGCCCAAUAAGAAUAGAAUUGAUAUUGC